UACAAUUAUGAGAUGAUCUCAGGAAGUAAAUAGAAAACGAUUUUGACUUAGAUUCUAUAAGAAUUGAGUUUAGAGUAUAAGACUGUGCACAUGGGAAAAUCACUGUCAGAGUCUUCUGCAUCCAAGCCGUAUCAGGGAGUUAGAGUCAAAGAUCCAGUGAAGGAGCUGCUGCGGAGAAAAAGAGGAAAUGCUGCCAGAACGACACCCCCCACCGCAGAAGGAACUAGAGCACACUUGAUGGUUCCCAACAACACUCUGCCCCCAUACACACAUGCUGCGUCUUCUAGCUUCGUAGAAGUCAACCAGAGCGCCCUUAAUGAUUCAUUAGUGGAUAUCAGUGGGCUCUGCACAGGAUGGAUUGCCCAGACCACCAGCACAUCUGCUCUUCAACCUCUGAGUCACUGGACUCCUCCUGACCAACACCACGACCCUGCCAUCCCGUCCCACAUGGAUAUGUACGUCCAGCCGAUCUGUCCCAGUUACACUGUGGUGGGCCCUUCUCCUAUGCUGAGGUUACACACACCUCUCUUCACCAACCUUGCGACCAUGAGCACUUCCAGCUCAGCCCUACCUCAGGUGGAGGCCCCGGACUCAUCCUUCACGUACAUCCCUUGGGCUCAGCCUUUAUCCACUAUCUCCAGCUCCGUUGUGCAGGCCCCCUCAAUGCCAGCCCCCCAGCUCUUCCCAGUGCCUCUGACCCUGCCAAUUCUCUCACCAGAACCUGAGCCUCAGCAGAUGGAGACACCCCCGGCCCCCGAGGGCACUCUGGCCCUUGAGAAACUGCUGGAAGAAGAUGAGGGCCAAAAAGAACCCUACAUCUGCAGCUCCUCACUGUUUUCAGAAGAUAUUUAAGAUAUUCGCAUUAGCACUCUUUUUGUGCAGCUUCUUAAUAUGUAGGAUUUGCUAAGGUGAUACAGAUAUUGAGCGUUUAGUACAGCAUUUUGGCAGCUCUUAUUAAAAAUGUAAUUUAGAAGAAAUAACAAAUUCUAGAAACUACUGUAAAAGGGAUACAUUCUGGUUCCAUGAAGAACCUUUAAGAAACUCCAUGGAUCAUUUCCAUUGCAAAACGUUCUUUAGAUUUAUAAAAUGUUCUUUACAAAAUAAUAAGUAAAUAAAAUUAAAUAAAUACAUGUA